UGCAGAUGAUAGAACUCCAAAGAAGGCCAAAGCUUUUAACACAAAUACACAACCAAAGAGUUUCGCUCAGGAAAAACAAGAAACAAACAACAGUAAACCAAAGCCACCCUGCUCAGUCUGUAAAAGUGAAGCUCAUGGUAUCAUACGGUGUCCAACUUUCGCAGCCAAAAGUGCUGAGGAUAAAAAGGCAUUCAUCCAUGAAAAUCGGCUCUGUUUUGGAUGUUUGAGAAAGGGUCAUAUGACCAAAGAUUGUAGGAGACGACACACAUGUAACACAUGCAAUCGUCAUCACCCAGCCUGCUUACACAAAGACAGGAAACAAAGACCUGUGGAAGCAAUGACGAAUAGCUCCACUUUCACAGAAGAACAUGCAAGCCAGGAAACACACAAGGUCAUGUCCCACACAUCAACACAACAUGCAUCUGCUACCUCAGGUAUUGUCCCAAUUUUUGUGUCUACAGUACAAGAACCACACAGAGAAAUACUCACAUAUGCUAUACUGGACACACAAAGUGACUCAACAUUUGUCUUAGAAGAUGUACUUGAUAAAUUGAAUGUAGACGUCCAACCAGUAAAGCUGAAACUUAGUACUGUGACAGCCAUCAACACAAUCAUAUCAAGCAAGAGUGUUCAUGAUCUACAGGUUAGAGGACUCUACUCUGAUAGCUCCAUCCAACUCCACCAGGCCUACAGCCGUGACUUUAUCCCGGUGGACAAGUCUUACGUUCCAACGAAGGAAACAGCAUCACUGUGGCCUCAUCUCAGAAACUUGGCAGAUAAGUUACCACCCCUUCAAGACUGUGAUGUAGGGCUCCUAAUAGGAUAUGACUGUCCAGCAGCACUGGCUCCUCUUGAAGUCAUCUUAGGUGACAAAAAUCAACCGUUCGCACAGAGAUCAGAACUAGGAUGGAGUAUAAUAGGCUCAUCAAACCCCCACCUAGACAGACAAGGAAGUCAAAGCUUUGUGCAUCGGUUAACAGUAAAAGAACUGCCAGUUCCAUUGCCGACAGAUGUUCUAAAGACCCUGGAAUCAGACUUUAUUGAGAGAACUUAUGAGGAUAAAUAUGUGUCCCAAGAUGAUGUGCUUUUCGUACAGUUCCUCAGUGGCCACAUCACACAGAAGAAGAGCGGGUAUUAUGAGAUGCCACUCCCUUUCACAGGCAACAGUCAGCCCAACCUACCAAACAACAAGAAGCUAGCCACAGUCCGCCAGCAGUGUUUCAAGAAAAAAUUAAAGACCACCAAACAAAACCAGCACAGUGAACAUGUAACUGUCGAGGAGCGUGAGAAGGCCGCUGAGAAAGUGAUUAAGAUUGUACAGCAGCAAGCAUUCCCCCAAGAGAUAAAGAUGCUUCAAGGUGAAAAAUGCCUUCCAAACUCAAGCUCUAUCUUCAGUCUGGAUCCCAUCUGGUCUGAAGGACUGCUCCGUGUUGGUGGGAGAUUAAAACAAUCAUCUCUCUGUCACAAACUGAAGCAUCCAGUCAUCUUACCAAACAACAGUCACAUAUCUAAGCUGAUUGUGUCCCACUACCACGCCAAGAUAUGCCAACAAGGUCGAAGCCAGACACAAAUGGAGCUUAGGAGCAAUGGAUUCUGGGUCAUUGGUGGGAGCAAGCUGGUUGCCAAGUUGAUACGCACAUGUGUGCUUUGCAGGAAACUUCGACGGCCGACAGAGAGUCAGCGGAUGGCUGAACUUCCUAAAGAACGUCUUGAAGCCUCAGCACCGUUCACGUACAGCGGCAUGGACUGUUUUGGACCGUUUAUUGUAAAGAAAGCCCGCAAAGAAUACAAAAGAUAUGUACUCAUCUUCACAUGUUUGUACUCUAGAGCUGUCCAUAUCGAGAUGCUUGAAGAUUUGUCGACAGACUCAUUCAUGAACGAAUUGAAAUGCUUUAUCAGUCUGAGAGGAGCUGUCAGACAACUACACUGCGACCAAGGUUCUAACUUCAUUGGCGCCAGAAAUGAGUUUAAGGAAGCACUUAAACAAUGUGACACCAAACUACUGGAAAUCUUCCUGACUGAAAGGCAGUGCGAAUUUGUAUUCAACGCCCCCUCUGCCAGCCACGCAGGCAGUGUCUGGGAACGGCAAAUCAGAACCGUUAGGAAUGUACUGAAUGCCACCUUCGCACGGUGCCCGGGUCGACUUGAUGACGCCUCUCUUAGAACUCUGUUAUAUGAGGCUAUGGCUAUUGUGAACAGCCGCCCAUUAACAGUAAAUGGAAUCAAUGAUCCACAGGCGCUGGAACCUUUAACACCGAAUAACCUCAUCAUGAUGAAAUCUAAAGUUGCUCUUCCUCCCCCGGGAGGAUUUGUACGCUACAAAGAGAUGGAGAAGAGUUCAAUACCUCAUCGAACAAUUCUGGGGUCGCUGGAAAAAGGAAUAUUUGCUCAACAUAUCCACAAGACAGAAAUGGCACUUACCUCAGCGCAACCUCAGAGUCAACGACUUUGUCAUCAUUAAAGACGACAACCUCCCGAGAAAUCAUUGGCGACUAGGACGAGUGGUGGAGACUGUUCUAGACAGAGAUAGCUUAGUCCGUCGAGUCAAAGUACAAGUCGGAGAGCGAAAGUCUCAAAGAAAUCAAGAUCUCCCCUCUAAACCUUCAGUUAUUGAGAGACCAAUCCAAAAAUGAGUGCUUCUCCUUGAGAAUUGAUCAGAACAAACAGACUGACUAUUGUUUAUUGUGUACGAUUACAGUACGGUUCACAUAGAUAGUUAAACGUGAAGUUACUCAUUUAUGACAGUCAAAAAAUCCUGUACAAAUCAUUUGCUCUUUGUGUAUUUUGUUCAUUCCUUGUAUCAGGAUUUGGUGGGAGUGUAAAUGGCAGCAAAUUUUGUUCAUGAGAAAAAUGCAGUUCUGUCAUGUUACGUUUUUUUUGUGCCUUUAUUUUGAAGAGCCCACUCUUAUUCUGUUACUUCCUUUAUUGCUGGUGCUUGACUUCCUGCUGCCGUUCCGUCUGACAACAGCAUACUCACGUUACUCCAGGACUGGAGAGUCACUACGAGCUGUGUGUGGAAGCUAGGCUAACUAGCUGAGCAAACUUAGCGCCCUUGGAAGCGGAAGGAGGUAGGAGGAGACUAAUGGUUUAUUUAUUGUGAAACAAGUGGUUCAUUUCAUUUAAAACAAACGGGA